GUUUCGGUAGCAAGUAUGGCUGCUAUUGCUACUGCUACUGCUAAUGCUAAUGCUAAAUUCUCUGUCUUCCCAAUCUCCCUAUGGGAGCCCGAUAUUUGUUCUCCCAUGGUUUUCUCCAAAAGAUUCGGCUCGUCCGCUUCUACUAUUAUUACUGUCUCGACACUCUUCUCUCCCAUCUCCAUCUCCAGGUCCAGGUCCAGGGCCGCAACCACCACCACCACCACCACCACCACCACCACGAAAUUGCCCCCUCGACGGAAGGAAAAUAUCGAGUCGGAGAGCGACGCCAUAUCAAUUCUGAACGAGAGGAUACGCCGAGACCAGGCGGGAAAGAGAGAGGCUUCGAUGCCCCUUGUGGACUCGGAGGAGGCCGAUAGGUAUAUUCAGUUGGUGAAGGAGCAGCAGCAGAGGGGUUUGCAGAAAUUGAAAUUGAAGGGCAGGGGCAUGGGGGGUGAUAUGGUUGGAGUUGGAGGAGGAGCAUUCAGCUACAAGGUCGACCCCUACACUCUUCGCUCCGGAGAUUACGUUGUGCACAAGAGGGUCGGCAUCGGACGAUUUGUUGGGAUUAAGUUCGACGUUCCCAAAGAUUCCACCGAACCAAUUGAGUAUGUCUUCAUAGAGUAUGCCGAUGGAAUGGCAAAGCUCCCUGUUAAGCAAGCCUCUCGCAUGCUCUAUCGAUAUAAUCUCCCAAAUGAAACUAAAAGGCCACGAACCUUAAGUAAAUUAAAUGACACUAGCGUAUGGGAGAGGAGAAGGAUAAAAGGGAAGGUUGCAGUUCAGAAAAUGGUUGUUGACUUAAUGGAAUUAUAUCUACAUAGGCUAAAGCAAAGAAGGCCUCCUUACCCAAAGAGUCCUGCCAUGGCUGAAUUUGCUGCUCAAUUUCCUUAUGAGCCUACACCGGAUCAAAAACAGGCUUUUAUUGAUGUUGAGAAGGAUUUGACAGAGAGAGAAACUCCAAUGGACAGAUUAAUUUGUGGAGAUGUUGGGUUUGGUAAAACUGAAGUUGCACUACGUGCUAUCUUUUGUGUGGUCUCAGCAAGGAGGCAAGCUAUGGUACUUGCACCAACAAUUGUUUUAGCCAAACAACAUUUUGAUGUUAUUACAGAGCGUUUUUCAAAGUAUCCUAAUAUCAAGGUUGGACUCCUGAGCAGGUUUCAGACCAAAGCAGAAAAAGAGCAGUAUCUGCACAUGAUCAAACACGGGCAUUUGGACAUCAUUGUCGGAACUCACUCACUUCUUGGUAGUCGUGUUGUGUAUAACAAUCUUGGCCUCCUUGUGGUUGAUGAGGAACAGAGGUUUGGUGUCAAACAGAAGGAGAAGAUUGCUUCAUUUAAAACUUCAGUUGAUGUCCUCACACUUUCUGCAACACCUAUACCGAGAACCCUUUAUUUAGCGUUGACUGGGUUUCGUGAUGCUAGUUUAAUUUCAACGCCACCUCCUGAAAGAGUUCCCAUAAGAACCCAUCUGUCAGCAUACAGUAAAGAAAAGGUAAUAUCAGCAAUCAACUAUGAGCUGGACCGUGGUGGCCAAGUUUUCUUUGUUCUGCCUCGUAUCAAAGGACUUGAAGAAGUGAUGGAAUUUCUCGAACAGUCAUUUCCAAAUGUUAAAAUUGCUAUUGCUCAUGGAAAGCAAUACUCAAAGCAACUUGAAGAAACCAUGGAAAAAUUCGCACAUGGUGAAGUCAAGAUUCUCAUAUGCACAAACAUUGUAGAAAGUGGGCUUGACAUUCAAAAUGCAAAUACCAUCAUAAUUCAGGAUGUUCAACAAUUUGGCCUGGCACAAUUGUACCAGCUGCGUGGAAGGGUGGGGAGGGCAGAUAAGGAAGCUCACGCACACUUAUUUUACCCCAAUAAGUCGCUGCUUUCUGAUCAAGCACUGGAGAGGCUGGUAGCCCUCGAAGAGUGUCGUGAUCUUGGCCAAGGCUUCCAACUGGCAGAAAGAGAUAUGGCCAUAAGAGGUUUUGGCAAUAUUUUUGGUGAGCAGCAAACAGGGGACAUUGGUAAUGUUGGCAUUGAUCUCUUCUUUGAAAUGCUUUUUGAGAGCUUGUCUAAGGUUGAAGAACAUCGUGUUGUUUCAGUUCCUUAUCAAUCUGUACAGCUCGAUUUGAAUAUAAAACCACAUCUCCCUUCUGAAUACAUAAACUACUUGGAGAAUCCCAUGGAAAUAAUUAAUGACGCUGAAAAUGCUGCUGAAAAAGACAUAUGGAGUUUGAUGCAAUUUACAGAGAAUCUGCGCCGUCAAUAUGGAAAAGAGCCUUACUCCAUGGAAAUCCUAUUGAAAAAGCUUUACGUGAGAAGAAUGGCAGCAGAUCUAGGGAUUACAAGGAUAUAUGCUUCAGGAAAGAUGGUUGGCAUGAAAACAAACAUGAGUAAAAAGGUUUUCAAGCUGGUAACAGAUUCAAUGGCAUCUGAGGUUCACCGUCAUUCUCUGGGUUUCAAGGAUGACCAAAUUAAGGCAGAACUUCUUCUGGAACUACCAAGAGGACAACUGCUCAAUUGGAUCUUCCAAUGCUUGGCUGAACUUCAUGCUUCACUACCAGCCCUUGUAAAAUACUAGUUCUCUACACAUGUAUUAGGAGUUUUUUGGCUGACUGACUGGUGACUAAGGCCAAGUUUGGGAAGACUAAAAAAGUGCACUUUUUGUCUUUUUGGACUAA